UUGUGGUUUCCUUGCAUUAAUCCUCUGGUUGCUCAACUGAUGUUAAGAAGAGCUCCAUCACUGCAGUGGCUGCUGGGAGCUUCUUUCUCUGAGCUGCAGGAAAUGUUCCCACAGAUCCCUCACAAAGUCAUUAAGCUCUUCAGUGACAUUACAGCUGAGUCCAAUGUCAAAAAGAGUGAGACUACGCCCUUCUCAAACAUAAACAGCCAAACUCACUCUCCCUUUUGGGAACAGGAUCCUGUUAAACCACAGAUACAGCUGGAGGAUAAGACGGCCCCUAGCCAGUUUACAGAGCUGAUUUCAGGUCAUAACAGCAUCAGAGGAGAGGAUACAGAUCAUUUUCACUCAUACAACCCAUUAACGCCAAGCCAGUUCAGCCGAGGUUCAACUACAGCGAGCGUCUGGCAGCUACAGGGUGAAGGAUUCAUUCAAAACCCAGAUCUCAUGCCAGGCCGAGCUGUUCCACGAGGGUCUGCCCAUGUUCCCUCGGCUCCUCUGCCCACUCCUGAAGUGCUGGGAGGCAGAAGCACUGCGUGUGGAUUCAGCUCUAGACCGCAGAGUCAAACUCACUGGAGCUCACCUGAGAAUGAUUUGCCCAACAAGACAGGAGAGGAGAGGAAGAGGCGAGGAGGAGAAGAUGUGCACAGUGUGCUUCCGCACAGCAAGAGAGGAAGACUGCUAUGUGAACGAGUUCCAGGCCGAAAUGAUGGACAGACCAGACUGCGAUUUUUCUGAGGAAGUUUUGCUACUUUAUGUUAAGUAUAUCACUCACUUGAGUGAUAUUUUAGAAUACUUCUCACGCUCAUCUGUAUUUUCAGUUUUCAUGUAGAAUGUAAUGUUACAUUAAUACAGUUCAGUCAUAUGUCCGUUAAAAUAUAUGUAUAUAUUUUAUAGUAAAUGUAUAUAAUGAAUGGUUUAUAAUAAAUGUAGAUAUUGUUCCAAUAAUUAGUACAUAUUAAUGUUUAAACUAUCACCCUUUAGAUGUAUUUAUAUCAGUAUUUAUAUCAGAAUGACAGUUGCAAUAAAAAAACAAGAAAAAGAAA